AUGUCGCCCUCUCCCUCCGGGCACUCGGCCAUGGACGAACACCAAACCAAGGAGGUAGGAGGAAGCACGUACACUCUGCAUCAGAACAUCCUGCUGCUGAUGAGUCAGCGAGCCCCGCUCAAGCCCCGAGCGCUCCCCUUCGCCGCGCUCCCGGACCUCCCGGCUGCAUGGGCUGGUGGGCAAGGUCCAGGUGUGAGCAUGAGACCAGUCGCGAGCAUAAUCUACAGAGGUCCAGACAAGCUGCGGCCAAACGAGGGACAGUUCAAGCAUCCAGACGGUCGGGAGAUUGAUGAGAAGCCUGGCAGUGGUGGCAUCGGCAAGACUGGGAAAAGCGGGAAAAGUGGAAGGGGCGGCAAGAGCUUUCCUUGUACGUUCCGGCGCCGAAGCAAGACUCCUUGCCGACGUCGCUCCCCGAGCCCUCCCUGCCGGCGAAGUCCAUCGCACAAUCCUCGCUUCGCGAGCCGCUCCCCUUCCCAGAAGAAACCAGCGCCGCGGCGCCUCGCCCCGACCCCGUCGGUCCCAGAGGCACCGGCAAAGACCGAGGCAGGAGUGCAUGCAAAGGACGCCGAGCUGAAGGCGAAGGCGAGCACGGCAGAGCCCAGUUUCCGGGACUUUGUGCUGAAGCACGCAUCCAACGAGGACUCUCCAGACUUUGUCAUGAACAGGUUCCAGCAGUACAUUCACGAGAGGCAGAAGGAAGAGCUGCAGGCAAUCAAAGAGACGGGUCUCUUCUUCGACCUUUAUCAUCAUCUCUCUCGGCUCCGGCGAUAUGAACUACGUCUUGGCACGACGCAGCUGAAUGCCGCAGCCUUUGCUCAGGACCUGCGAGACGGAAGGUACCGCGAGCUGUCCCUACGAACAAGCAAGGCGCGACAUGGAGCCACCUGCCCCGUAGCCGGGCAUCUGCAAGCGCCCGAGUUUGCCUUCGACCCGGAUGUGGGAUCCUUGGUGAUUCGUAGCCUUCCACCGGCAGUGAGUGUAUGGGAUGUCCUGGAUGUGAUUCAGGAUCGCCCCGGGUUUUGCACUGCUGCCUGGACGAGUUUCGAAGGAAAGGACCUGGCCCGGGACUUCUUUGCCAGGUUCACUUCAGCCGCGGAUGCCACCGCGGCCGCCGUUGUGCUCAUGCGGAGCGCGGAGACCCUGCUCAGCAGACCAGGAAGCGAAGGGACGGGCCGUGCAUCCGUUCUGAGCCCCAAGCCUGGCUUGGCUGCUCUGGUGUUGCCGCAGGAGAUGUCACUUCCGGAGCGGCUUCUCAAGGACUUGGCUCUCUCCGAGCAGGUAAUCCAGCGCUUGGACGGCCUCACAGAAGUGCCCAAAGACAUAACGGCCCUGGUGCUGAAUGCAUAUGGCACCACCGAAUUCAAGCUGGACCUUCGCGUCACCUACCUGCGUCGCGUGCACCACUUCUGCUUCUACGCCGCGCGCUGGUGUGAUGACGAGUGGUCCUUGCGGGACGCCUGCGGCGUCGCCACCUUGCGUGCGCCAGCACAGCCGGAGUGCACGGCGGGUGAGUGGUCCGCGGCUCAUGAGCAGCGACUGGAGAGCUUCCUGGGCAGCGUGUCCUUCGACAAACCUGCAGCCGCCCCUGACUACUCCAAUGAGCAGGUGGUGCAGCGCCUGGCCGAGGAGAGGGAGAAGGCGAUUCUGAAGGUCACGAAUGAGAAGUUCAAGUGCAAGUUGUGCGGCAAGCUUCUCGUCGUGAGCCAGAACCAGCACUUCCGCGGAGUGGUCUUUGUUCGAAAGCACCUGGAGCGUGCCACAGCCGCAGUUGGAGCGCGCCCCAAUGUGAGUCCCGAAUCAUGCCGCAAUGACUUCAAGAUACUUCAAGCACGGUAUGAACACAUGAGCUGA